UCUCACCAAUGAUACCAAAACGCCUCCUUAAUCCUUCUCGAUCCAUCGUUUCUAUUCCCUCCAACUUUCGUCCCUUCCAUGUUUCUUCUUGUUCUUCUUCUGCUUCUUCUUCAACCGUUGAUGUAGCUUCCCAGUGUGCGAAACCCAAUCCUCCUCAGUCACUUUCCGAAGCUGUUUCCCACUUUUACCGUGCCGUGGAUUCUGAUUCACCUCCCUCUGAAUUUUCCUGCAACUCCCUCAUAGACAACCUGCGAAAGGCAAGACACUAUGACCUUGUCUUGUCGGUUUAUUGUAAGAUGGCACGUGCGUGUGUUUUGCCCAGGUUUACUUCGUUGAGUGCUUUGGUUGAAAGUUUUGUCAACACCCAGAAGCCAAAGUUUGCAUUUGGGGUCCUGGGGUUGAUGAUAAAGCGUGGUUUUGGGGUUAAUGUUUAUAAUGUGAAUCUUGUGUUGAAGGGUUUUUGUCGAAUUGGUGAUUGUGACAAGGCCAUGUGUUUGUUUCGUGAAAUGGGGAGGAAUUGUGUGUAUCCUGAUAGCUGUAGUUAUAAUACACUUAUAAAUGGAUUAUGUAAAGCAAAGCGAUUGGAAGAAGCGAGGGAUUUGUUUGAGGCGAUGAAGGUUGGGGAUUGUAGGCCGAAUUUGGUGACAUUUGGUGCUUUGAUUGAUGGUUUUUGUAAGAAUGGGGUAGUUGAUGAAGGGUUGGAUUUGUUGGAGGAGAUGGGGAAGAAGGGUUUGGAUGCAGAUGUGUUUGUGUAUAGUGCUCUCAUUAAUGGCUUUUGUAACAAAGGUGAUAUUGAGAGGGGUAAAGAACUCUUUAAUGAGAUGUUGAAAAAGAAAGUUGCUCCGAAUGUGGUUACUUAUAGCUGUUUGAUGAAUGCUCUUUGCAAGAAUGGGAAGUGGCAAGAAGCUUCCAAAAUGUUGAAUGAUAUGACGGCCAGUGGAGUUCGUCCUGAUGUUGUUGCUUAUACAGUUGUAGCUGAUGGGCUUUGCAAAAAUGGGAGGGCAUCUGAUGCACUCAAAGUGUUGGAUUUAAUGAUACAAAAGGGGGAAGAGCCGAAUACUUUAACAUAUAAUGUCAUUAUAAAUGGACUUUGUAAGGAAGGUCGGGUGGAUGAUGCUCACAGGAUUCUAGAAAUGAUGGCAAAGAAGGGGAAGAAACCUGAUGUUGUUACCUACAACACAUUAUUGAAAGGACUAUGUGGAGUUGGAAAAAUUGAUGAGGCAAUGGACCUUUGGAAGUUGUUAUUGAGCAAGGAGUACCAUAUGAAGCCUGAUGUCUUUACUUUUAGUUUUCUAAUUCAGGGACUUUGCAAGGAAGGACGUCUCAAUGAUGCCAUGAGGGUCCAUUCUGCAAUGGUUAAAAGGGGGUUCCCAAGUAGCACAGUAACUUAUAAUAUUUUGAUUGAUGGUUAUCUCAAUUCUGGAAAAUUUAUUAAGGCAUUGGAACUCUGGAAAUAUGCAGUAGACUUGGGAUUUUCCCCCAACUCAAUGACCUAUAGUGUCAUGAUUAAUGGUCUGUGCAAAAUGCAGAUGCUUAGUAUUGCAAAAGGACUUUUUGCUAAAAGAAGAGCUUCUGGGAUUAGACCUACAGUAAUUGAUUAUAAUGUACUAAUGGCUUCCUUGUGCAGGGAAGGUAGUUUGGAGCAGGCUAGGAGUUUAUUUCAAGAAAUGAGAAAUGUGAAUCAUGAUCCUGAUGUUGUCUCCUUUAAUAUUAUAAUUGAUGAAACCCUCAAAGCUGGAGAUAUUAAAUCUGCCAAGGAAUUGCUAUUGGAGAUGCUUAACAUGGAUUUGGUCCCUGAUGCUAUUACCUUUUCUAUAUUGAUAAACAGGUUCUCAAAACUUGGGCAGUUGGAUGAGGCUAUGUCUCUCUAUGAGAGAAUGGUCUCUUGUGGUCAUGUACCGGAUUCUGCUGUAUUUGAUUCUUUGCUAAAGGGCUAUGGUUUAAUGGGAGGGACAGAAAAAAUCAUUUUCUUGCUUCAUCAAAUGGCUGAUAAGGGUGUUGUACUAGACUCAAAAUUAACUUCUACCAUCUUAGCUUGUCUUUGUCACAUGUCAGAAGAUAUUGAUAUAAAGAAGAUUCUUCCAAAAUAUUCAGAACAUACAUCGAAAGGAACAAGCAUUACAUGCAAUGAGCUCUUGAUGAAACUUAAUAAGGUUCAUCCAGAGCUUCAAUUAUUUGUUGCAUGAUAGUUUUUGCUUUCAAGAAUGCGAUGUCAUGGUACUCUUAAAAUUGCUGCAUGUCUUAUGGUAGGACACCCUCGUUCAGUCUCUGAUUUUGAUCAGGACAGAGAUUGGCAACCCAACGAUCAUGGAGUUUUGAGGUUAUUGGCAUUUCAACCAGUUGCCAUUUUAUGGUAAAGAGAUGCAAAUGUAAAAUUCAACUUCAUGGUAUAUAAUGCCCCAUAUAAAACUAUGAUUAGGCCAUGGAUGAGAAUGGCAAAAUGUAUUCUCACAGAGGGAGAGGUGGUGGUGGCGGCGGCAGUAGUAAUGGUAAAAUUAUUCCUGUUAGUGACAAGGAUCAUGGCAAAAGUGACAGUGUUAAGUGUUAGUGGUAGUGUUGUUGUGCUUUAGCGGUCAAAACUGUUACAUCAAAAAUAGGUGAUGGUUGAGAAGUAUGGAAUAUAUAUUACAUCAUCUCAAUUCUUGAUUAGUUUGAAUUGUAAUUUUCAGGGUUUGGGUUAAGAAUUGGGAAAGGUUGUAUUUUAUUUUAUUUUUUGUUUUCAAUUCCAUGGAAUUGUGAUGAGGCGAGGUUUUAUCAUUAAAUAAUGGCCCAGUUCCAAUUCCAGUGUUAAAUUUGGAGCAC